GCCUGCACCAAGAAUGAGCGCAACGCAUAGCAACGCCGCCGGCUCCAAUGGCCUGCACGUGAAUGGCGGUGCGAACGGCACGAGUGAUGGACAGCAUGGGCAGUCACGCUCUCCGACCAGAGAUUCGCAUUGCCAGACUACCUCCGACGACCUUCCCUCUCUCAAAGUAAAUGGACAUAAACGGAUAAUAAUGCAUCAGCGAAAAGAGUCCAAUCCCCUCGCACCGCCCUUCAUAGUCUCCGCUCCCGGAAAGACGAUCGUCUACGGCGAACAUGCCGUCGUGCACGGGAAAGCAGCCAUUGCGGCAGCCAUCUCGCUGCGUUCAUACCUCCUCUGCACAACCCUUUCCAAGUCGCAAAGAACGAUAUCGCUGAGGUUCACCGAUAUUGGAUUGGACCAUACAUGGAACAUCAAGGCGCUGCCAUGGAAAGAAUUCGCGCCGAGAAAGAAGAAAUACUACGAUUUGGUCACGACAUUGGAUAAAGAGCUGGUGGAAGCGAUGAAACCGCAUAUCGAUCCUGUGAGUGCCCAUGUGGCAUCAGACAAGAGAAAGGUACACCAUGCCGCAGCAAGCGCAUUUCUAUAUCUGUUCAUGUCGCUGGGAUCGGAGCACUCGCCCGGCUGUAUAUACGCCCUGCGAUCGACAAUCCCCAUCGGAGCAGGGCUGGGAAGUAGUGCGAGCGUGAGUGUUUGCAUUGCAGCAGCACUUCUGAUCCAAUGUCGAGCACUGUCAGGACCUCAUCCAGACCAGCAGAGUGAAGAGGCGGAAAAGCAACUCGAGCGCAUAAACAGGUGGGCUUUCGUGGGCGAAAUGCUCAUACACGGAAACCCCAGCGGCGUCGAUAACACAGUCGCAACAAAUGGCCAUGCAGUCCUCUUUCAGCGAAAAGACUACACCAAACCUCCUUCCGUCUCCGUCAUGCGACACUUCCCCGAACUUCCUCUUCUCCUCAUCGACACCUGCCAGCCAAAAUCGACUGCUGUCGAAGUCGCCAAGGUGCAGCAGCUCAAGUCGUUACAUCCAAUGGUGGUCGACAACACCCUCGCCGCCAUCGACGCCAUCACACGAUCCGUAUACGAGCGCAUCACAAGCGCCGACUUCGACCCCCACGCGAAGGAAAGCAUUGCGCACCUGGGUGAACUCAUGAGCAUAAACCACGGCUUACUCAUCAGUCUCGGCGUCUCACAUCCCCGUCUCGAAAGAUUACGAUAUCUCGUCGACCAAGCAGGCGUCGGCUGGACAAAGCUGACCGGAGCCGGCGGCGGUGGAUGUGCCAUCACAUUGCUCAAGCCACCUGAGGAAAAGGCUGCGAACGGCGACUUGAAUGGCGAGGCUGCGACCACGCUCACUCCAAUGGAGGAGCUCGACGCUGCAUUACAGGCGGAAGGUUUCAUCAAGUAUACCACCACUCUGGGUGGUGAUGGCGUGGGCGUGCUGUACCCUGCCAUCAUCAACGAUGCUGAGAUCGAUCAAGAUAUGUUUUUGACGGCGAAUGGGAGGGAGGAGUUAGGGGAGUUGGUGGAUCCUGAGAAUGAUCGGGACGCUUGGAAGUAUUGGAGGCCUUGA